AUGAGAAGAAUUUACAUUAUUUCAAGUUUGGUAGCCUUUGCUGUCGUGAUUGGUCUUCUGGUUGGCCUAGGAGUUGGGCUCACACGCGAUAAAUCAACGGAUGACCUGUCAGAUUCUUCCCCUUCCAACUUAUCAUCUCCGUCUGGAACGUCUUCAACCUUAUCUACGUCCGCAUCAUCCUCCACUAUCUCGUCCUCAUCAUCCUCUGAAUUGGCCAGUCUGUGGACACCGCUGCUCAACGAGACUUGGGACUACCAGCUUCUGCUGGUUCCCACGACGUUCAAUUCAUCGAUUCGUGUUUACGAUAUUGAUCUUUUUGACACUAACUCAUCGGUCGUCGAAAGCCUCCAUAAUCAAGGCCAUAAAGUCAUUUGCUACUUUUCUGCCGGCAGCUACGAGAAUUGGAGACCUGAUAAGGAUAAGUUUCUGUCUAGCGACUUGGGAAACAAUUUGGACGGGUGGCCUGGCGAAAGAUGGCUUGAUGUCAAAUCCACAAACGUUCGAGAUAUCAUGGUGAACAGAAUGGCAUUGGCUGUGGAGAAAAAAUGUGAUGGCGUGGAUCCUGAUAAUAUCGAUGCCUACGAUAACGACAACGGUCUCGGAUUAACUGAAGAUGACGCAGUGGAUUACGUGAGGUUUCUCUCGUCUAUGGCACACCAGAAGAAGUUGGCCAUAGGCCUCAAGAAUGGAGGCUCAAUAGUGGACCGAGUAGUCAAUGCAACAGAAUGGGUAGUUGUGGAGCAAUGUAUCCAGUACGAUGAGUGUGAUUUGUAUGAGCUGUUUGUAAAUGCAAACAAGCCCGUGUUCAACGUGGAGUAUCCCGGGCUGAGCAGUUUGAGUGCCAGCGACGUGAGCAAGUAUUGCCAAUAUAGUGGCAGUGUGGGGUUCAUGUCGAUUUUAAAGAACAUGAACUUGGAUACUUGGGUAGAGAGCUGUGGAUUUCGAAGUCCUAUGUAG